UCCUCAUACUGUUGUCGGCGACCCAUUGCUGCACUGCUUUAGAAGUUUAUUAACUACAGAUAAUGGAGCCAAUGAAUUCACCUGAAACUGCAAACAGUCAGUCAGAGCCUGCUGUCCCACUGCCUCCUUCUAUUUAUGUUCCUCCCACACUGAGAGAUGGUGAGUGUUACCAUGUCUUCAUCAGCUACAGCAGCACUGACUACCAGUGGACCCACUCCGUCAUCAACCAGCUGGAGUCCUGCGGCCUGCAGGUCUGCUACCAUGAGCGGGACUUCACUCCCGGCCGCACCGUGUUGGAAAACAUGUCAGACUGCAUCCAGGAGAGCCAGAAGGUACUGCUGGUUCUCAGCCCAGAGUUUGUGAGGAGCCGCUGGUGCCUCCUGGAGGCCAACAUGUCUUUGUUCAGAGACUGCUUGGAGAGGAAACCCAUCGUCCCAGUGCUGCUGGAGCCAGGAGUCUCUGUUCCUCUCCACCUUUGCCACCUCACCUACCUGGAGGCCAACGACCCUGACUUUGAGAGUAAGCUGCUAAAGGUGCUCUGCACCGCCAACCAGCAGCUUCAAGGGUCCACUGUGGUGCCUUUCGAGCCUCCCUCUAUCUACAACGGGAAGGUCCUGCAGCCUUUGAUUGCCGUCAACGAGGAGGGACUCAAUAAAUGGGACUGUGGUCAGUUCAGUGACAUGGAGGUGCCGGACCAACUGCGCCUGAUCAUUGAGGACCACGACAAGUACAGAACGGCUGUGAGGAUGAUCAAUAGUGUCUCUCAAAAUAAAGUGUGGUUGCGGCAACUUUGGCUUAGAGUACUGAUCUACAUUACAGGUUUAAUAUUUUUUUUAAUCUUGCUAGCAUGUUUUAUAUUUUCAACAUUCGUACUUAUUCAUGUCUACAGUUUGACCAAAAAGUACCCUAUCCUAGUAUUGGUCCUCACUAUUUCUAGUUUCUGCUGUGUUCCAUUGGGGUUGCUUAUUCAGAUGGGUCUCUGGAAGAAGGAUGAUGAGAAAUACAUAGUGAGGGAAAUGCAGAAAGCUAUAGGCAAGGCAAACAUAAUCCUCUGUGAGUACAAGGUGUUAAUGGGCUGUCGGUCCAAUUCAAAAAUCUAUCUGGUGUAUGUUUCUCUGGACGGUUGCAAACAUGAGUUUGCAGAAACAUUUUCUGAGCAGGCUAGUGCUGAGGAUAUGUUUCAAAGAGCUCUGACCUUCUGUUCAUCAGGUUACGCCUGCUGCCUUGCUAAAAGACACUUUGCCUUUCCCCAGCCCGGCUCCACUGGUCACCUGGAGGGAGGGGUGUGUUUCUGUCAGUACGUCUCUCAGCAGCUGAGUACAGAGCAAUGGGAAUAGCAUAACAUUAUGGUCCUGCAAUGAGUAACUCGGUGCAACUGGUGAUUCAAGACAAACUUUGUCUUUUUCAAUGACCCCAAGUUUAUGUUUUGUUGUACCUUUGAUGUACAUUUUUGUUGUUCUUUUGAUGUAUUGUGAGUAUGAAUGUUAUGGAUGUACGUAUUCCAGUUUAUGUAAUAUUCUUAUGGAAUAAUAGACCCCACAAAGAGUAGCUUCUGUUUAAGACAGGCAUAAGCUAAUAGGGAUCUUAGUAAACAAACAAACAAUAUUAUAUAAAGAUUACCAAGCAAACAAUUCCCUGUUCAUGGCAUAUCAUUUUCCAUAUGUUUCUCUACAUCAAGUAGAGACGCAAAACAGACAGGGGGAGAGAUUCAUUUGCAGUUUCCUAUUUUAUAUAAUUAUACUUGAAUAGCUAGUAUUGUCAUAUUUUUGUGUUUGAUCAUUUUCAUGCUGUUUCCAUUGUUGAUUACUUUAAUAAAAUGUAUUACAUCACAAGCACA